AUGGGAUCAAAUAGUAGUAAAUUGGAGGAUAAAGUGAGGGAAAAUAAGCGCACAAUAAAAAGGACAAUUCGUGACUUAGAGAGGCAAAAAUUGUCAGCACAAAGGCAGGAAGAGUCAUUGGUAUCAAUGCUGAAGGAGGAGGCUAGGUCUGGGAGGAUGAAAAAUGCAAGAUUACUAGCAAGAGAUGUUAUCAGAAACAGAAAAUUGGCUGAUCAUCUUUGCAAUAUGAAGUCACAGAUGACAGCUCUUCAAUCUCAACUUCAAACUGCACAUAACACAAGCUUGUUGUCAAAUAGCUUCAAAAACGUCAGUGAUCUUAUGACACAGGUCAAUUGUAACACCAACGUGGCGGAGUUCCAGAAAAUCAUGGCAAAUAUCACACAACAGGGGGCGGUCCUUAACUUAAAGGUUGAAAUGAUGGGGGAUGCCAUGGAAGACUCCCUGGAUUUUGAAGAUACAAUUGAGGAGGAGAAGGCUGUAGAUAAAUUAUUGGAGGAUCUUGGAGUGGGAGUGGGUGCGACAUUGGAUAGUCUAAAUCCGCCUAAAAUGGAGGACCUAACCUAUUCCACGGGUAAAAAUAUGGAAGAAGUAAUGGAAAACAACUCAGGGAGAAUGAAAGAAAUGAUGGAAAUAGAAGAAAGAAUAAAUAACUUGAAAAAUUAG